AUCCCACAAUUAAGUCCACUAAAAUGGUUAAUUCUCUAUAUCUCUACUAUUACUAUCACAACUCUAAUUAUUAUUAAAAUAAAUUAUUUUUUCUCAAAUAAAAUCAAUUUUUCAAAAACUUCACCUUUCCUAUCUUAUAAACAAAUAAAAUGAAAAACACUUAUCUAA